CCUUUGAAUCGUCCGUGCGUUAGAGUCGUGGAUGUUGACGUGUAAACGUGAGCAAAUAAAUACUUUUCAAUAACACUAGUCGUAACUCAAAUCAUGCCGUAUUAUAAGAUUUCACCGUGAAGCAUUUUUUUUUACCUGGGUUCCUGAAGCACGAUCAAACACUGAUCAAUCAAAAGAUGUCUGCCGGCACAGCCACGGGUACGGGAUAUGGUUUGCACGCUGACGUGUCAAGCGCGAGCGAACACGAAAGUGCCGCCGUGGGACAGCAUGAAACUGCACAAGAGAAUGUCCAAUCGGCAAACCCACUCUCCAGAAAGCUGAAUAAAAUACUCGACAUAAGACUGGAAAAUGACAAGGAUAUUUUGGAAGCAUUAAAAGUACUGUCAGCAUUUUUCAGCCAGAACACUUUGCGAAGCCGUAGGAAUCUGCGUGGCGACAUUGAAAGACGGAGCCUUGCAAUAAGUGAAGAUUUCGCCGAGGCAUUUGAAAAAGUUAAAGGGGGCCUAGACAGCAUUCACAGUGAUGUUGAGUCCAUGAGAUCAAGUUGUCAAGAAAUGACAGGAAGACUGAAGGCAGCUCGUGAACAGACGUCCGAUUUGAUCAGUAAGACAACGGACCUUCAUAAAGAAAGCCAACAGCUUGAUAUGAGAGCAAAUGUCACUGACGCAUUUCUGGAAAAGUUCCAACUGACAACCAAUGAAGUCAUGGCUCUUAGGGGACCGCGAAAUGGACAACUUUUACAGGAGUUCUUUGCAGCUCUAGAACGAGUCAAACAGAUUCAUAAUGACUGCAAGAUUCUGUUACGCACUAACCAACAAACUGCUGGGCUUGAAAUAAUGGAAUCUAUGGCGCUGCAUGAAGAGACUGCUUAUGAACGGCUGUACAGAUGGAUUCAAGGAGAAUGCCGUGGGCUAACAGGAGACACUGUGGAGAUAUCCGCCUUACACUGUGAAGCAGUGGCAGCCUUGCAAGACAGAACUGUGCUGUUUAGAUAUACUCUUGAUGAAUUUGGUACUGCAAGAAGAAGUGCCAUGGUGAGGGGCUUCAUUGAAGCUUUGACAAGAGGAGGACCAGGUGGUACCCCACGUCCCAUUGAGUUACACUGUCACGAACCUCUACGCUAUGUAGGCGAUAUGUUUGCUUGGUUGCAUCAGACAACGGCGUCGGAAAAGGAACACAUACAAGGCUUUCUCCGGCUUGCCACAUCACAGUCAAGAAACAGUGACAUUGAGGAUGUUCUUGGGCAUAUCACAGAGGGAGUCUGUCGGCCAUUAAAGGUUCGUGUGGAGCAGGUCAUCGUAGCAGACCCUGGCCCAGUACUUCUGUACCGACUGACAAAUCUGUUGAAGUUCUACACGCAUACUAUAAGUCAAUUUCUUGGGAAAGAAGCCAUGCUGCUGUCAUGUCUGGAGGAGCAGCAGGAGCUGUGCCAAAAGGUUUUCUUCAAUGCACUGACUGUCCUUGCUUCCAAACUCGUGGAUAAGGUUGAAUUGCCUCCUGCAGACCUUGGGCCGACUCCAACUCUGACACAGAAUUUGGCUCUUUUAAGAGAGAUACUUAUGUCUCAUGAUUCAUCAGUCGUUCCUUUGGAUGCCAGACAUUCCGAUUUUGUUAAGAUCCUCGGUUGUGUGCUGGAUCCUUUGCUGCAGAUGUGCUCGUUGUCUGCGAGUCGGCUCAACCCCUGUGACAUGGCAGCGUACAUGAUCAACUGUCUGUAUGCAAUGCAGUCCUGCUUAGCGCUGUACGAAUUCACCGACCAACGCUUGGAAAUGAUAGCCGCACAGAUAUCAGCCCAUCAAGAUACGUUGGUCAAUGAGCAAGCUUCGUACGUGCUGUCAACAGUGUCUCUGAUCCAGGUGUACAGCAUUGCCCAACAACACAAACCCUCAGAGGGUCCUCUGUCAUUAGUGCAUGGUAUGGAUACAACAGCACUCAGAUCUGCAAUGGUGCGAUUUGAUACUUAUCUAUCCUCCCCUGAUAGUUCAAUACUAUCACAGUGCCAUUUGAUCAACAGUCCCGUUUUGAGGGAAGAGAUCACCAAACGAGGAACGGAGCUUGUUUGUGGAGCGUAUCAGUUAUUAUUCGACAGCAUCACCAACCCUGCAAACGGUUACCAAGAACCGAAGAGCAUUGUUAUAAGAACGCCAGACCAAGUCAGGGCACUUCUACUCUAAGUCUGAAGUUGGUACCCGUGGGUGUUGGGGGGGGGGAAGUUAAUGGGUGGAAGGGGGUGCAUGGGUGAAAGCGGGUGCAUGGUUGGAAAGAGGGGUGGUAGAAUGAAGAUGACUUAACUUAAUAUUCGCUCUUUAUAAGGUGGAAUUGCUACAUCUCUGAUAUAUAAAUUUAAUAUUUGGUUUUGCCCUUUAACUUAAUUUCAAAACCCUGUUUAGAAAAAAUAGUGUUGUCUAAGGCCAUGCAAGAUGAACAAAUUCACCAGCUUACUCAAGUGGGACUCGAACCCACAACCAAACGAAAUGAUGUCAGUGAGGAGCAAAUUUUAAAAUUGAAUUAAUUUAAUAUUCUACCUGUAUUCUAUUUUUCGUAGUUUUAUUUUAUUCAUAUACGGUCGAACACCUUUAU